CUUGGGGUGCCCAGGCUGGCACGGGGCAGCCUCAGCAAUGCCACACCAGGCCAGGGGUGCCAGCCUGGCCUCCCACACCACGGGGCUCCGUGUGCUCACUGUGGACAAGGGGACAGGGUCAGUGCUCCGGGGACAUCGUGCCCACCCUGGGCUGCACAACUGCCCCCCCCCGAGCCUGGUUCAUCCCCAGCACUGGCACAGCCCAGGCAGGGCAAGCACAACGCCCAAACUGGCACAGCUCCAUUCCCAGAACACCCAAACUGGCACAGCUCCACUGCCAGGGCACCCAAACUGGCACAGCUCCAUGCCCAGAGCACCCAAACUGGCACAGCUCCAGAUCCAGCACCCACACUGGCACAGCUCCAUGCCCAGAUCCCCAGGAAGCAUUUCCCUGCUCAGGUCCCCCAGAGGUUCCUCUCUCCCUCAGUUUCCCCCUCCCUGGGGCAGGUUCCCCCGGGGUUCCUGCCCAGCCAGGCCCCUCAGGGCAGCCCUGGAGGCUCCCUGGCAGUGCCCAAGUGCCAGGCUGGCCAGGGGAAGGUGUCCCUGCCCUGCUGGGACUGGGUGGGCUCCCAAGCCCCUUCCAGUGAGCAGCAGGGACAGAGCCCACAGCUCAGCCUGCCCUGGCUGCACAGGCUGUGGCUCAAGUCUGUGUCCCUGGCAGGGGAGAGCUCAGGAUGGCACAGGAAUUCCUGCCUGCAGGGGCUGGGAACUCUUCUCACACCAUCCUCACCCAAACCCCAGCUCCAGGAGAACCACAGGACACAGAGGUGGCUGUCCCCACACUGCAGGGGACAGACCCCCACAGGGUCCAAGUUUAGAGAGAAGACAAACCCAGUUUUACUCCGAUUCUCACCUCCAGCCACACAAACCCUCAGGUUUCUCCUCACCCUUCCCAGGGGAGACCCCUGUGAUGCCCAGGGGGAAGGAGAGGGAAGUGCCCACCCCGAAGCACAGCUCAGCCCCAAACUGAAACCCCAGCUUGCUGCAGAGCCCUGAGCUGGGGCUGCAAGGGAACCUCAGCUCUGGCUGUGCCCAGGCCUUUGGGGAAGGUUACGUAACCCCGCUGAUGUCAGGGCUAAAAUUAGGAACAAACCUCAUUUCCUGUCAGAGCUGCUUUCAGUUUGCUCUGGAGCAGGCCUGGCACGGGUUGAGCCCUGCCUUGAACACACAACUCAGCGUUGUAAGCAAAAAAUUAACCCCUUGCUGGAUGGCCUCAGCCUGGAGACCAGGUCCAGCCCUGCUCCUGGGGGGGACAGGGACACCAAGGGGACAGGGACACCAAGGGCAGCACAGCAGCUCCGAGGGGCACUGAAAAGCACCAAAGCUGCCUCUGACACAGAAUUUCAGACCUUUCCCCACUACCUGAGGGGCACCAGUCUGGGCUGCAAGCUCUGAGCCCAGUGAGUGCAAGAAACCCAGGAAAGUCAAGGGAAGAAAAUCCCCAAAUCCUGAGAUUUAGCCAAGACUCUGCCUGGAAACUCCUGGACACGAUGGAUGCAGGGUCAGGUCUGGGGCAGCAGGAGCCAAACCAGCCUGGCACAGUGGGAGGUGUCCCUGCCGUGGUGGGGGUGGCACUGGUGGGAUUUGAAGUGCCUUGGAGCCCAAAGGGGCUCUGGGUGGGAUCUGAGGUCCCUUUGAUCCCAAAGGGGCUCUGGGUGGGAUUUGAGGUCCCUUGGAGCCCAAAGGGGCUCUGGGUGGGAUCUGAGGUCCCUUCCAGCCCAAACCAUCCCACGAUCCCAUGGGAUCAAGGACAAUCAAAGCUGGACAGACACAGUGACACAAUGACAAUGCCCUGGCUCCUGUCACCCCCUCCUCACACCCCAGCCAUGGAACAGCCACACCUGGCAGGGCCAGGAGCUGCCCAGGUGAGCAAGGAGAGGUGUCC